AUGGGAGCUUGUUUGUUUGUGGUUUCCGCGCCUCAACUCGACCGUCGGACUUCCAACGUUAACAACCAGUUAUUCUCUCAACCGGAGUCUUUCGUCGCUCAAGUCAAGAUACCGGCGAAGAAACUGUGCCUAACCCAGGACCAGAAGCAAGCCCUGAUAGACAAUCUUCAGCUUGAAAUUACUGAACGAGCUCGGAAACUUCGUGCUCAGUACGCGCUGCAGGCCAAUGACCUUCGGUCUCGUAUCCAGAGACGCGUCAACCGCAUUCCUCUGUCCCUCCGAAAAGCGAAUAUGGGUGAACUUUUUGAUAAGCACAAUGCUUCACACGCCCAGUCACAAUCUGCAUCACCGUCUCGUAAAGCGUCUCCUGCAAAAGUCCCUCGAACUGCAACAAACUUUGGUUCGAUUGAUCAGACCAUUUCACCUGCGGGUACUCGUACGCGCCGCACCAGCCGCGAGGGUCUUUACUCGGACAAGGAAAAUGCACCAGCCAGUGGGGAGCCUGAUGGGCUGAAGAACCCCAAGAGACGCGGCAAAGCCCCCGCAGCGGGCGGGGCCUCUCGCGUUGUGUCGCAAGAAGUGCGAGGCAAUGACAAUCGCAUCCUGUCGCCAAAGUCCUUGAACUCGAGAAAUUACCCGCAGUCGCCCUUCCGUACCUCUCCUGAAAAGGGCCAGCCAUCGUACCUGUCGCGCCCCACCUCCCCAUUCAAACCCUCCAGCCCUCUGCGCGCGGCUGGUCCAAGCUCUCGACCCCGAGGAGCUACCACGUCAACGGUCAAGGAUGCCUGGCAGCAACCUACCCAGGCGAAGAAGACCACAGCACGAGCUGCCACUGGACCCCGCCCUGCCAGGUCCCCUCUACCUGCACGCCCGACAACUCGCCAAGGCGAGCGAAAGAAUAGCACUGGUACAGUCUCGUCUGUUACAUCCUCCGGGACCACUGUGACCAAACCUGCUCGAACCGGCACUGCUGCUCGGAAGGCUACCGCAGGUACUGCAUCGUCAACCGCGAAAAAGCCAACUGUGCAACGUGGACAGGCCGCGUCUCUAGCCGUGAAGAAAGCUCCCAGUGCAACAACUGUUCGCAAGACCACAGCACCUGCUUCUACAACCGAGGCUUCGUCUCGAGGAACGCGAGCUCUGCGUAAGCGUGUUUAA